CUCUCUAUAUUUCUUUCGUCAUUACAAAAUAACCAAUACAGUUUUUGGAUUGGAAGAAAGAAGAUAAAAUGGAGGAAGAACAAAUAAGAGUCGUAAAGAUAAUAGUUAUUGGAGUAAUAUUAUGGGGUGUGAGCUUUAUUCUCACCAGAAGAAUCUUCUCAAGCUACUCCUUCGACUUCAGCAACCGUCUUCUCUCAACUGUUCACGCGACAGUCGCUGUCACUUUAGCAACAUUCUCUGUUCAAGAUUGGUCUUGCCCUGUUUGUCCUCGUGCUUCUAAGCCGUCUCCCCAACAGUUCGAUCAAGUGAUCAGCAUGGACAAUGCGGUUCAUCAUUUUGUCAGCAUUCUUGGUUUUGUUGCUGGAUUUGCCUACCAAAAGUCUGGAUCUGAGAUCAUCGCUACACUGUGGAUAGCAGAGAUAUCGAGUCCUUUUUACCAUUUAAGGGAGAUUCUUAAAGAGAUUGGAUACAGAGACACCAGCGUCAAUCUGGCAGCCGAUGUGUGUUUUGCCACUAUUUUCACAUUGGCGAGAAUUGUGUGUGGACCCUUUCUCGUUUACGUAAGUCUAACGGCUGAUAAUCCCAUCUUCAUCAAGGCAAUGGGAUCCGGAUUACAACUCGUGAGUAUAUUUUGGUUCUAUAAAAUCUUUGGGAUGAUGAGAUAUAAACUAUUUAAGAAGCCAAAGUCAAACAAAAAGGCUACCUAGGCAGAGACGCAAAAGUUGAUUCAUACAAUUGUUUUCUUUCUUCUUUUCUAUUUAUUAAAUAUACAUCGUUUAUAUAUUUUAAAUUAAAAUGUAGCAGACGAAAAAGAAAGUUAAAAAAUCAAAAACUUAAAGUAUAAUAUAAAUAAUUGGAUUACGGACU